UCUGACAUCAUCAUCCUACCUUCCAACUUUCAUCAUCAAAAUGCCUUCCAAACUCCAAAAUCUUCUGCUCUUUCUCCUCCUCUUGGCCUUCCAGGAGAUGAUAAUAAUGCGUGGGGAGGCGGCUAUUUGCGAGUCGCCCAGCAAACUGUUUACAGGCCUUUGCUUCAGCGACAAAAACUGCUCCGCCAUCUGCGAGAAAGAGAAGUUCGUAACUGGCCAAUGCAAAUUCUGGAAAUGCAUUUGCAGCAAAGACUGCGGCACUGGUGGCGGCGGCGGAGGCGAUCCAGGUGGCCCGCCCGACGAAGGCUCGCCCGGCGGCGGCGGCGACGAAGGCCCGCCGGAGGGAGGGCCUCCCGCAACCGUGAAGACGCCUGCUGUUAACAGGAAGUCUUUGGUCAAGUCCUGAUUACUGAUUAGUGUUUGUGCUGUCUAUGUAUCCACAGUUUCAAGAGUUUUUAAUAAAAUUUAGGUAAAUUACAAUCAA